AUGUCCUGGAAAAUCACCAAAAAACUCAAGGAGACACACCUUGCUCCUUUAACACAAAGCUUCACGCGCUCCUCCUCCACAUCUACUAUCAAGGGUGAAUCCGGAGAGGAAACACCGGCCACAUCGCAGACUCCGAGACUGUCGUCGGAUACCUCCAACAACGGAAUUGCUGCCUCGGAAUCGCUCGUCUCUCCUCCCGUGGCACCCGUCAACCCCGGCAUCUUGAUUGUUACUCUCCACGAAGGCCGCAGCUUCGCUCUGCCACAGCAUUACCAACAGGUCUUCAACUCUCACGUCCAGAACGGCUAUGGAGUGCGGCCCAAUUCCUCGUCCUCUCACUCCGCACACGGGCAAGCAGGUUCAUUUGUGCAAAGCAACCGUCCUCAGUCAACAAGCUCGGGCAUCAACGCUGCUCCGACUAUCCACGGUCGGUACUCGACCAAAUACCUUCCUUAUGCCCUACUAGAUUUCGAAAAAAAUCAAGUCUUCGUCGAUGCAGUUUCAGGAACACCGGAAAACCCGCUGUGGGCUGGCGACAAUACCGCAUUCAAGUUCGAUGUGUCUCGUAAGACCGAUUUGAAUGUUCAACUAUACCUCCGUAAUCCUGGUGCUCGGCAAGGUGCCGGUCGGAACGAGGAUAUCUUCUUGGGUGCGGUCAAGGUGCACCCGCGGUUCGAUGAGGAUCCCCAGCCUUACGUCGAUGACCCUAAAUUGAGCAAAAAAGACAACCAGAAGGCAGCUGCUGCUCAUGCCGCACAGGAGGCUAGCCUGGGACAGUUUGGGGCCGAAUGGCAUGAACUCCAGUUCGGCACUGGUUCAAUCAGAAUCAGCGUAUCUUUUAUCGAAAACAAGCACCGCAGCAUGAAGCUGGAGGACUUCGACUUGCUGAAGGUCGUUGGUAAGGGUAGUUUCGGAAAGGUCAUGCAGGUUAUGAAGAAAGAUACCGGCCGCAUCUACGCCCUCAAGACCAUUCGUAAGGCACACAUUAUCUCGCGAUCGGAAGUCACGCACACUCUCGCCGAAAGGUCCGUACUUGCACAAAUCAACAAUCCGUUCAUCGUACCUCUCAAAUUCUCCUUCCAAUCACCGGAGAAGUUAUAUUUUGUCCUGGCGUUUGUGAACGGUGGAGAGUUGUUCCAUCACCUUCAACGAGAGCAGCGAUUCGAUGUCAACCGUGCCCGUUUCUAUACCGCCGAGCUGCUCUGCGCGCUUGAGUGCUUGCAUGGCUUCAAGGUCAUUUACCGCGACCUGAAACCUGAGAACAUUCUUCUUGACUACACUGGUCAUAUUGCAUUGUGCGACUUUGGCUUGUGCAAACUUGAUAUGAAGGAUGAAGAUCGAACAAACACAUUCUGCGGGACUCCAGAGUACCUUGCUCCCGAGCUACUCCUAGGGCAGGGAUACACCAAGACCGUCGACUGGUGGACUCUGGGUGUACUUCUCUACGAGAUGUUGACGGGUCUUCCGCCGUUCUAUGACGAGAACACAAAUGAUAUGUAUCGCAAGAUCCUACAGGAGCCUUUGACCUUCCCAAGCAGCGACAUUGUCCCCCCUGCCGCACGGGACCUUCUCACUCGACUUCUUGACCGUGAUCCACACCGCAGACUCGGUGCCAAUGGUGCCGCAGAAAUCAAAUCUCACCACUUCUUUGCCAAUAUUGACUGGCGUAAGCUGCUCCAGAGGAAGUAUGAGCCAAGCUUCCGACCCAAUGUGGCGGAUGCCCGUGACACUAAAAACUUUGAUACCGAAUUUACUUCUGAAGCUCCCAAGGAUUCAUACGUGGACGGCCCCAUGUUGUCCUCGACCCAGCAGCAACAAUUUGAAGGAUGGUCUUACAACCGCCCCGUUGCUGGUCUCGGCGAUGCAGGUGGCAGUGUGAAGGAUCCAUCCUUCGCUAGUAUUCCUGAGUAA